AAAAUAGGAUUCAUAAAUAUUUACAUAUUGUUAGAGAGAGAAUCACACAGACACAACGCGUAUAUUUCUAGAGAGAGAAAAGAUAUUUAUGUUUUUCUUCUUCCUAAAUAAAUUCCAUUACAAGGCAUAUACUUAGGGUUUUCUUAUUCUUAUACCUUCUUCUUCCUCUGGAUCUUACUUAGAAGCAUCUUCGGUUUUGAACAGGCGUUAAAUUGAAGUUUAAAUUGAAGUUUUGCUAUUGAAAAGUGAGAUUUCUUAGAGUUUGUUGAGGAAUUUGCUUUGACGAGUUGGAAGUAAAAUAAUUUUUGGAUAAGAAAUUUUUCCAAUUGUAGCUAGGGUUUUGUGAAUUGUAAUGAGUACACGAACUUCAUGGGCUGAUUUGGCUGCAAAUUCUGCAGCUGAGAACACAUCUGCUGGUGCUUCUGCUAAUAAUGGAAAUAUAGGCACAACAUCAGCAGUCCCUAGCCGAGCCACUUACGUCCCCCCACAUCUUCGUAACCGUGCUCCCUCUUCAGACCCACCAGCUGCUCCAGUUUAUAGUGGUCCUGCAUCAAGUAAUGAUCGUCAGGGACACAGUGGAUCCCGUUGGGGAGGUCCUCGGAAUGAUUAUCGAUCUGGGUAUGGUGGUGGUGGUAGAGGUGGUGGUUGGGGUGGAAGAAGUGGUGGUUGGGGUGGCAGAGAUCGGGAAGUGAACCCAUUUGGUGAUGAUGACGAUACAGAGCAGGAUUUUAGUGAGCAAGAGAAUACUGGUAUUAACUUUGAUGCAUAUGAGGAUAUUCCAGUUGAGACAAGUGGGGAAAAUGUGCCUCCACCUGUAAACACCUUUGCAGAGAUCGACUUGGGUGAAGCAUUAAACCAGAACAUUCGCAGGUGCAAGUAUGUGAAACCAACACCUGUGCAGCGGCAUGCCAUCCCAAUCUCUCUUUCAGGCAGGGAUCUGAUGGCAUGUGCCCAGACUGGUUCUGGUAAGACUGCUGCUUUCUGUUUCCCAAUUAUUAGUGGGAUUAUGAAAAUGCAAGGGCAGUGUUCACAGAGACCACUGCGUGGGGCACGCACAGUGUAUCCUCUUGCUCUAAUUCUUUCUCCAACCAGGGAGCUUUCAAUGCAGAUACAUGAGGAAGCCAGGAAAUUCUCUUAUCAAACAGGUGUUAAGGUUGUUGUGGCCUAUGGAGGAGCACCAAUUAAUCAACAGUUGCGGGAACUGGAGAGAGGUGUUGAUAUUCUUGUGGCAACUCCAGGAAGACUGGUAGAUUUGCUGGAGAGAGCUAGAGUUUCAUUACAGAUGGUCAAGUAUUUGGCCCUAGAUGAGGCAGAUAGGAUGCUGGAUAUGGGUUUUGAGCCACAAAUAAGAAAAAUUGUGGAACAAAAUGACAUGCCUCGACCAGGUGCUAGACAGACAAUGCUUUUCAGUGCUACCUUUCCAAAAGAGAUACAGAGGCUAGCUUCUGAUUUUUUGUUUAAUUAUAUCUUUUUGGCUGUCGGACGAGUGGGCUCAAGUACAGAUUUGAUUGUUCAAAGAGUUGAAUUUGUUCACGAGUCUGACAAAAGAAGUCACCUCAUGGACCUUCUUCAUGCACAGAGGGCAAACGGUGUCCAAGGCAAGCAAGCUUUAACUUUAGUUUUUGUGGAGACAAAGAAGGGUGCUGAUUCGCUUGAACAUUGGUUGUGCAUUAAUGGGUUCCCUGCCACCAGCAUACAUGGUGAUAGAACACAACAGGUAUUUUUCUUCAUAGCAGUUGGAACAUUUUUAUACAUGGGAUCACUAUAUUUUCUGCCUCUGAGAUUUUUUUUUUUUUCCGUUGAAUUUGUUUUUUUUUUUUUUUUUUUUUGUAAAGUGGGCAUGUCCCGUCCCUGUAUUAAUGUGGGAAAUAAAAAUGCAUGUUGGAACAGGGGAACAGGCAUUUGCGGAUCAUUUAAAGUGGUUAACCCACCCCAAUCUUUGUUUAGGGCACUGAUGUUGCAGCACGCUGGACAUUUGAUUAUUUCUAUGUUCGCAAAAUUGUGGUCCAACUUUGGAUAUCCCCAAAUUGAUAUGAUAUGGAUUAUGUCCACCGUAUUGGCGGGGCAGGAACGGAGUUGGAAAACUUGGUUUCUUGGCUAUGCCCUUUCUUUCAAUGAGGCCCGUCCUCUAUGGAGAGGAGGAAAUCGUCCUCGGGAGGAGGCAGGUUUUGGGUCCGUGAUUCGAAGAUUCUUCAUUUCACAGUUAGGGGCAAACUCGGGUUAUUAUAGGUGGUGGAAACACAGCGUGGAUUGGUGUUCUGGUGGAUAUUGGAGGGUUGUUUAA